AUGAGGGCGCUUCUGAUUUUGAGUGCACUCCUAGGAGCUGUCUUCGGCCAUGAAGACUUUGUGGGGCACCAGGUUCUUCGAAUCUCAGCGGCCAAUGAAGCCCAGGUUCAGAAAGUGAAGGAGCUGGAGGAACUGGAGCACCUGCAGCUGGACUUCUGGAGGGGCCCUGCCCAGCCUGGCUCCUCCAUCGAUGUUCGAGUGCCCUUUGCCAGCGUCCAGGCUGUCAAAAUGUUUCUGGAGACCAAUAAGCUCAGCUACAACAUCAUGAUUGAGGACGUGCAGGCACUGUUGGACGAGGAGCAGGAGCAGAUGUUCGCUUUCCAGACUCGGGCUGCCAACACUGACACCUUCAAUUAUGCCAUUUACCACAACCUGGAUGAGAUCUACAGCUUUAUGGACAUGCUGGUGGCCGAAAACCCCCAGCUGGUCAGCAAGAUCCAAAUUGGCAGCACCUAUGAGGGCCGCCCCAUCUUUGUGCUGAAGUUCAGCACUGGCACCCAGGGGGAGAAGCGUCCUGCCAUCUGGAUCGACACUGGCAUCCACUCCCGCGAGUGGGUCACCCAGGCCAGCGGGAUCUGGUUUGCUAAGAAGGUGAGCUCGGACUUCGGCCAGGAUCAAACUCUGACCACCAUUCUCAACAGCAUGGACAUCUUCCUGGAGAUUGUCACCAACCCCGAUGGUUUUGCCUUCACUCACAGCAAAAAUCGCUUGUGGCGCAAGACUCGUUCCCGCACAGAGGGCUCUGCCUGCGUCGGGGUGGACCCCAACAGGAACUGGGAUGCUGCCUUUGGGAAGCCUGGAGCCAGCAACAACCCCUGCACUGAGACCUACCACGGCAAGUUCGCCAACUCCGAGUCAGAGGUCAAGUCCAUUGUGGAUUUUGUGACCAAUCAUGGGAACAUCAAGGCCUUCAUCUCCAUCCACAGCUACUCCCAACUCCUCCUCUACCCCUAUGGCUACACCAAGGACCCCACACCUGCUCAUCAGGAGCUGGACCAGCUGGCCAAGGAAGCAGUGACAGCCCUAUCUGCUGUGUAUGGGACCAAGUACAAGUACGGCAGCAUCUAUACCACUAUUUACCAGGCCAGUGGAAAUACUGUUGACUGGACCUACGAUCAGGGCAUCAAGUACUCUUACACCUUUGAGCUCCGGGACACAGGGCGCUAUGGAUUCCUCCUGCCAGCUUCCCAGAUUGUGCCCACAGCCCAGGAGACAUGGGCAGCACUCAUGACCAUCAUGGCUCAUGUUGAAAAACACCCCUACUGA